AUGUGUGUGGGCCCAGAAAACAAUGAUUUUGCGUUGGUGACCCCACAUCGAGAUGGUGGAGGAUUGGCUUUCUUCAACUCGAGAAUCCAGCAAUGGAUCACUAUUGGGUCCCACCCUGCCACGUCAUCAUGCAUAGCAGUGACUCACUUUGAGGGAAAGUUCUAUGCUGUGGAUACCAAAGGAAGAACAAUUAGUCUUGAUCAAUUUUUAGAUUCAAAAGUGGUCACUAAUUUGGGGUCUGAUGCGUACAUGAAGUACUUAGUUGAAGCAGGUGGUGAAUUGUUGGUGGUUGAAGCAUAUAUUCCUUUCCCUAAUGCUGAGGGAUUCAUUGGCAGUGAGAGCUAUAGGGGUUUGUGUAUUGAUUAUUUUGAGGUCUCUAAGUUGAACAAAGAAGGGGGUAAAUGGGUUAAGGUCAACAGCUUGGGGGAUUGGGUGUUGUUUUUGGGAAUUUAUUCUUCGUUUUCUGUGUUAGCUUCUGAGCUUCCAGGCUGCAAGAGGAAUUGCAUAGUUGUGACUCAGCCAAGGUGGAAAGAAUUUAAUCUGGAUGGUCAUGAUACGAAUGUAGUUGAAUUGGAAAGUGGUAGAUCUGGACCCUUGGAGAAUUACCCAGAUUUUUCCAAGUUGUUGUUUUUUCCUGGUGGUAUGGGUACUUCUUCCUCUUGA